ACUUGGAUGCUGCAAUGGCAAUGAAAUUGUUAAACAAUUUGAGUUGCUCGUCGUCAGAGAGAUGCGAUGAAGGUUAACAAUUUAUGAAAGAAGUUCAGCCGUACGUGGCGGCGCAGCGGGAUACGCCAAAAUCAUCGAUACUACUUUUUUGUCUUCCAUAAUUUAUGUUUAAGCUUUAAUUAGGAAAACAUGGAUUAAGUACUCGAGAAUUGGUAUUUUGUAUCUGUAAAUAAGAUUCACCGCCGGCCAAAUGACAGUUCGUUGAAAUCUCGCGCGGUGAAGGUGGGGUCCACCACCUGUUUUACCUUCAUCCGUUGCCUCCAAUACUGGACAGCACAUUGCUUUUGCUGUGCUUUCUGCGAACCCUAAUGUCCAUGUCGUCUGCGCUUUCUAGACCAUGCAUUUCUAUUCAAAACCAGCGGCCAUGGAGUUUCUCCUCUACGGCUGUUUGGGCUCCGGGAGCUCGAUACAGCUUUCAUUUCGGUGAGCGAUCGGUUGGUGUUCAUUCCGUAAGUCUUUCGUCUUUCAGUUGUGAUCGGGCCAUGAGAUUGUUGUCUCGUUGCAAGGUUUUUGGGGAGACGGAAGGCGCCUGGAAUGACGCCAGCAGCGCCGUAAAGGAUGAGCUAUUCGUUAGAUUUUUCAGGGAGGCUUGGCCGUAUUUUCUUGCACACAGAGGCAGUACAUUUGUUGUGCUAAUCUCUGCUGAAAUCGUUGAUAGCCCUCAUUUGGAUCCGCUUCUUAUGGAUAUCUCUCUCCUUCAUGGUCUGGGAAUCAAGUUUGUUCUUGUGCCGGGGACUCAUGUGCAGAUUGACAGGCUUUUGGCUGAGCAGGGUAGUGAGCCCAAGUAUGUAGGUCGCUACAGAGUGACAGACUCUUAUUCACUCGAGGCUGCAAUGAGUGCAGCUGGAAGAAUUCGUAUUAUGUUAGAGGCGAAGUUGUCACCUGGACCUUCUUUGAGUGUUGUCCGCAGGCAUGGAGACAAUAAUCGUUGGCAUGAUGGUGUAAGUGUUGCCAGUGGUAAUUAUCUAGCAGCUAAGAGAAGAGGAGUUGUGGAGGGAGUUGAUUAUGGAUCAACUGGUGAAGUGAAGAAGAUAGAUGUAUCUCGAAUUCGUACAAGGCUUGAUCGGGACUGCAUUGUGUUAAUAAGCAAUCUUGGUUAUUCUAGCUCUGGACAAGUAUUAAAUUGCAACACAUAUGAAGUUGCUACAGCUUGUGCUUUGGCCCUUGGUGCAGAGAAACUAAUUUGCAUUAUAGAUGGUCCUAUUCUGGAUCAAUCUGGACGUCUUAUUCGUUUCUUAGCUCUUCAGGAUGCAGACUUACUGGUCCGUAAAAGAGCUGAGCAAAGUGAAACAGCAGCUAAUUAUGUGAAAGCUGUUGGUCAGGAUGAACUUGCUCAAUCAGGCUAUAAAGGUUCAAAUGGGAAUGGUUUAAACCAUAGAUAUAAUGCCACAUUUCAGAACGGUGUUGGUUUUGACAAUGGCAAUGGACUGUGGUCUAGUGAACAGGGUUUCGCUAUUGGAGGACAAGAGAGGCUAAGCCGAUUAUAUGGCUACCUUUCAGAAUUAGCAGCUGCAGCUUUUGUUUGCAGAGGUGGGGUUCAAAGAGUUCAUCUGUUGGAUGGCACUAUUGGUGGAGUUUUACUUAAGGAAUUGUUUCAAAGAGAUGGAGUUGGUACAAUGGUGGCUAGUGACCUUUAUGAAGGAACAAGAAUGGCAAGAACAGAUGAUAUUCCUGGAAUAAAACAGUUAUUGCAGCCUCUAGAAGAGUCUGGGACUUUGAUAAGGAGGACAGAGGAAGAGCUACUCGACAUGUUGGAUUCAUUCAUUGUUAUGGAGAGGGAAGGUCAAAUUAUAGCAUGCGCUGCUCUCAUUCCACACUACAAAGAAAAAUGUGGAGAGGUUGCUGCUAUUGCUGUUUCUCCAGAUUGCCGUGGCCAAGGAAAGGGAGAUAAAUUACUCGAUUACGUUGAGAAGAAAGCAUGUUCUCUUGGACUGGAAAUGCUCUUCCUCCUCACUACUCGCACAGCUGACUGGUUUAUAAGGCGUGGGUUCUCAGAAUGUUCCAUUGACAAUAUACCAGAGGAAAGAAGGAAGAAGAUCAAUCUCUCGCGUAGAUCAAAAUAUUACAUGAAGAAGCUGCUACCUGAUAGGAGUGGUAUUCGCCUUGACAAUGCUUUCACGUAAGCACCAUCCAUAUCUGGCUUUUGCUGCUAGCAAUGCUUUUAUAAGAAUGCGGAGAGAACACAAGUAUUAGUAUCAUAGAAUCCAUUUCAUACAAUGGAUCUUAGCCUUUUGCAGCCUAUAACAUAUGGUUGAGAAUUGA